AGAGCCAGGCCAGCCCGUCCCUGCUGGCUCAACUCCUGACUGCAUGUGUGUGUGGCUGCCGCUUAGCCUUUAGCAUCCAGACAUGGCCGCAGACAAGCAAAACGAAGCUAAACCUUCCCCCAUGGAUGAAAACAAGGAAAAUUUGCAAGACGGAGGGACUGGAUUGGAGAUCUUGCAAAUCAUCAAGGAAUCUCAGCAGCAGCAUGGCCUCAGACACGGAGACUACCAGAGAUACAGGGGCUACUGCUCCCGGAGGCUCCGGCGCCUGCGCAAGACUCUUGGCUUCAAGAUGGGAAACAGACACAAAUUUGUUGGGAAGAAAAUAACAGUCGAGAUGCUUUCUGACAGCAGGUAUUUAUUGCUAGUUUUGAUGGAGGCAGAGCGUGCAUGGAGCUAUGCCAUGCAGCUGAAGCAGGAGGCCAAUACAGAGCCACGUAAACGCUUCCACCUGAUGUCGCGUCUACGAAAGGCAGCCAAACACAGUGAGAAGCUGGAGAAGCUCUGUGAAAGCCCUCGAGUCGAUGCCAAGACCAAACUUGAGGCACAGGCCUACACUGCAUACCUCAGUGGCAUGGUGGAUUUCGAACUGCAGGAGUGGAAACUUGCCAUGGAAGCUUUCAACAAGUGCAAGACCAUCUAUGAGAAACUAGCUAGUGCAUUUACCGAGGAGCUCGCUGUUCUUUACCGUCAGCGCGUGGACGAGAUCUCGCCAAACAUCCGCUAUUGUGCUUACAACAUUGGUGACCAAAAUGCUAUUAAUGACUUGAUGCAGAUGAGACUGACAGGAGGAGGAGGAGGCAUGAUGGCUGAGAAACUGGAGUCCCUGAUCACGCAGGCAAGAACCAAACAGGCAGCCACCAUGAGUGAAGUGGUGUGGCGAGGGCGGACAGUGCCCGUCAAGAUUGACAAGGCCCGAAUCUUCCUCUUGGGUCUGGCAGACAAUGAGGCCGCAAUAGCUCAGGCUGCCAACGAGGAGACCAAAGAGCAUCUGUACGAGACGCUGCUGGCUGAGUGCAGAGACACCAUCCAGGCUGUAAGGGAGGAACUGAAGAGUGAAGCGAAACAGCGAGAGAGAAGCUCUGAUGCUGACAGCGGCAAAGUGUCCAACCUGCAGUUCCUGCACAGUUACCUGACCUACAUCAAGCUGUGUACUCUGGUGAAGAGGAAUGAGAGCAUGGCUCAUACUCUUCAGGCCAAACUGAAGGAGCCUCAGACCGAUGAGAACAAGAGGGGUCCCCGUCCACAGGACCUGAUCCGCCUCUAUGACAUCAUCUUGCAGAGUCUGGCUGAGCUCUCCACCCUGCAGGGUCUGGAGAAUGACCACACCUUCCAGAAGGAGGUGUCCCUGAAGACACUGGUCUACAAGGCUUACAGGUGUUUCUUCAUAGCCCAGUCUUAUGUGCUGGUGAAGAAGUGGAGUGAGGCUCUGGUGCUGUAUGAAAGAGUGCUGAAAUAUGCCAAAGAGGUCCAGUCUAAAGCCAAAAGCCUGAACAACAGCCUCAAGGAUCUCCCUGAUGUUCAGGAGCUGAUUGCUGAUGUCAAUGCUGAGAAAUACUCACUUCAGGCUGCAGCCAUUUUAGACACUGAUGAGACUGCUGAAGUUCCUUCUCAGCAGCAGGUGAAGGACAACAGGCCCCUCUGUGACCACCUGGACACCUUUCGACUUGACCCCACCCUUGUGGGCAAGCAGCCACAUCUGGUCCAGUUCCCUCCCGACUUCCAGCCAAUCCCCUGUAAGCCUUUGUUCUUCGACCUUGCUCUUAACCAUGUGGCCUUCCCACCGCUGGAUGACAAGGUGGAGCAGAAGGGCAAGGGUGGUCUGACCGGUUACAUCAAGGGCAUCUUUGGCUUUGGCAGUUAAAUCAAACCCAGGCCUUUGGCCUCCACAAGAGAACCACAAGGCCCUGCCUGCAUUUACCACAAACAUGCAGACUUGGUUCAAUCAGUGAUUACAAUAAUUUAAUUUACUUUUUAUGUUUUGAUUUGUGGUGUAAGAUGAACUGGGUUUGCAGAGGGUCUAAUCUUGCAAGAAAGAUUAUAGAAACACAUUGGGAUUGGAAUCAAUGUCUUAAUAAGCAAUAUGAUCCAAGUUCUCCUGCCACCUUUAGUAGUAACAUCAUGCUGUGUGGGUUCCUAGCAUACCAACUCCCUCAUUAAUCAGAGCUGUAGAGAUGUCGCCGACUUUCAGGUUUUACAGGUUACCAUGUCAUGGUCUUGUUGCCUACAGCCAAGUGGUCAAUCUAAAAUCUUGUCCAAGUAAACUCGGCUUCUUUGGCAUCGCUGUUUUUUUAAUUUUUUCUGCCCCGCACCCUCUGUGUUGUUUUUAAACGCCUUCAUUUAUUUACAUUUUUGCUCUUGUCUGUUUCAACAUCAUUUGUUCAAUCUAAACCACAAAGUGCAGACUUGGCUCCGCUUAUUAAAUACCAGAAAUAGUAAGCUGCAGCCAAUGCAUUUAUCAAACAUGGUGCAGUUGCAUUCCAUCACAUUCUGUCACCUUUGCCGUGGACUCUCGUGUUUUUGACAUGUUGUGAUUCAAAGCCUCUUUCUGUCUGAACAUCAAGUCUCCCUCCUCAUCGACUAAUUGUUUCCACAACUCUUAGCUGACAAAGGAAAAGGGAAAAAAAGAGAUGGAACACUGCAGGCCAGUAAUGCAACGUUCGACUGGACAAUAAGGAGCUCAGGUUUAUGAUGUGUAGUACUUAUGCGUGUGGUCGUAAAACCUCCUCAAUCAGAGGAAGCCUGAGUUGUGUGAAGAACUGGAAUAAAGCUUGGAUGCAUCUGGAGGAACAAACCCCUGAAUUAUUCAUUUAUUAAUAUCAGCAGUGACAUGUUUGGUACUGAACACCCCGUCAUGUCAGACAAAGGGUCCAACUGCAUCAUCUCAGUGUAGAAUUUAUUUUAUCACCACAGGCUUCCUUUCUGAUAACUACGAUUGUGCAAGUGACGCUCAAAAGACUGUAAUUAUGUAAUGUUUUUAUUUUGACGUUUGUAUUUACAUUUUAUUCAAUCAUAGUCUUAGGACUGUAGUAGUUCAGUACGGGGGGGGGUUUUUAUCAGCCUUUGCUUUGUUACAGCACCACAUCUGUGUCCAUCAUCAGGAUGAAGACAUUUCAUCACUAUCUGCACGUCUCUCCUCUGUAACAUCAAAAUAGAUUUUGUCAUCAGUUGUUUGUCAGCCAUAACGUGUAUCCAUGUUAUCUUUGUACACCAAAGGCGCGUCAUUCCUCUGAUCCUUUAGGGACCUGGUUUGCCUGUGACAUCUGCCAGAAACUCACCCAUCCGUUCAUGUUUUGCUUUCUAAUUUUAUCAAUUAUUAUAAUUAAUUAUUCUCUCUCUCUUCUGUUGUAUGUUCAUGAAUUAAGAUGGAGGUGCUGGAUAAAUUCCAACGUUUCACCUCUAAACAUACUGGAAAACCAUUGAUUAUGACCAGUAAUGAGAAUAAUUAUGUAUGAUCUGAUUUGAUUUAGUUUCUAGGUUAGUCAUUAAAUAUAUUUGCAACAAA